GUGAGCCAAAGACAAAUGCAUUUGAAUGCAGAUAUUUCUGGUCUUGCUUUGAAUGAUAUAAGACAAUGAUGUGAAGCGGAAUGUAAGUGGAAUCAGCCAUGAUAAUGAGAAUGAAUCAAUUAUCAGAAGCCAAAAGCAAGCAGUAUCAAACAAGUUCAUCCUUCCCCGUGUUUACAAAUAGAGCAAUGGCGGCAAGCGAAGUCAUUCAGCUUGAUUCCGAAUCUUCGGAAGACGAAUACGAGAAGCCACCCAGAGUCCCAAUAGGAUGGAAUUACCAGUCAAAAGCCUCAGACAAGGUGGUCUGUAUGGGUCUGAGGUACGGUUCCUUCCCUUCGGCCACACAGAAAAUUCAUCAAUCUGGUGGAGUCAUCAACACGCAAGCUCACUCUCGACAACAUAUAUGUGAUUAUAAAAGACUUGCUUGACAGUUUGAAGCACUACAAGGACUUGCCAUAUGGGGAGAAGAAUAAAGGGGACAAGAAUGAGACAGCCACAGACGCUGAGGAAGGAGAACCAGCUGUAGAGCUCACAGAAGAAGAGAAGAAGAGGAAUUCAAGACUGAGAAAAGUAGAGAAGAAGAUGAAGGAAAUAUCGGAUAAGAUUAAAGAACUGGAGAGAGCAGAAGUAGACUUAGACGAUGAAGACAACUCUGCCUAUUUGGUAGAGGAAAGAUUAAAGCGUCAGUUUAGUAAACUACACGAUUAUUACUGCAGAAUUGCUCAAUGUUCCCCUGCCACAGGCCGCCCUAUUGAGAGGAAGUUCAAAUACCAAGGGUCUCGCUAUCCUGAGAUUAACAAGAGGAUCAGUGCGUGGGUGAACAAGAACAAAGAAUUUCCAGACUAUGUUGAUGUUCUUAAUCUAGUGAAGAAAGUGACCAAGCAGAGUAGUCUACCUUUGAGACCAGAAACAGUUAGAGUUCAAGCUCAAGAAAUAUUCCGUGAUGUGGGGAGAAUGUUGAAGGAAAGAAGAGAGAGUGAUGACUUGUACAACAUUUAUGGCUAUGCUGAGGAAGAAAUGCCAGAUCCAGCGGCAGAAGAUGAUGAGCUUAGUCGUAAACUCCAAGAGAAUGAGACCAUAGCAAAGCAGAAGUUAGAUAAGAUUUUCCAAGACUAUGUGGACAAAGAAGCAUGUGCGAGAGAGAAUGCUGACAAGAGUGCUGUAAGAGUGAAAACAGAAGUGAAGGAAGAGAAAGAAGGGAGUGUAGAUAUGAAUAGUGCAAAGGCAGUGGAAGGAACAGAAGUGUCCAAAGCAGAAGAAGUGGACAAAGGGAAGCAAGCAGAGGUGAAACAAGAAAAUGACUUGGAAGAAAAGGAAGAAGAGGAGGAGGAAGAUGGAGAGGAGGAGGAAGACGAGGAAGAAGAAGAAGGUGAGGAAGAUGGAGAAGAUGAUGAAGAGGAGGAAGAGGUGGAGGAGCAGAUGACGAGAGAGAACUGCAUACAAGACUUUGAGGACGAUGGAGAUGUAACGGAUGAUGAUUUGAACGAUGUCUUGGCAAGUGCGUGCAUGGAGGAAGAGAUUGAGGACUCAGAAGAAGAUGUGCCAAUCAUGGACAGUGAAGAAGCUGUCUACAAGGACAUAGCAGAGGAUGACUAUAAGAAUGAGGAGAUCAUCUGUCUGGAUGAUGAUAGCGAUGAGCUUGGGGGUACAGGGAUGAGUGCGGAAGAACUGCUCCCCACAGAACCCCUUACUGAUCCCUUGUCCGCCACUACUUCCAAUGCUCCUCCCUACGGCCUAAGUGAGAAGCGCAAGCUGGGUAGCGACUCCCUCAGCCCACACAAAAGGCAGUGCUUGGGGGUAGAGAACCCCUGAUGACCUUUGACCUUUGGCCCUAUCAGUUAUAGUGUGUGGUUAUUUAUUCGAAGUGUCAUUAAGGUGACUUGACUUUGAAUAUCUUUCUUCCAUGUGCUUAUAUCCUGUAUACAGUUUUUUAUUAUUAUUUGAAAUUUUGUUGACAUUCUACAAAAUAUUUUGUGAAAACAAUGUGUUCAUUGAUUUUGAUUUUUCAUUGUAAUUAAAUUAUAUGUAUUAUAUAUUUAUGUGUUUAUGUUAAUGAUUUCCCAUAAUCAACUUUCUUUUUCUGUUUGUAUUUUUGUCUUUGACAUUCUGCAGUAUUUUGGAUAUUGAAUAUAUAUAAAUAUAUAUAUAUAGAGAGAGAGAGAAAUUAGAUUAUAUAUUUAAUUUCUUUUUAUUAUUGUUUCUCACCCUAUAUAUAUAUUUUUUUGACAUUGCAUAAUAAGUUGAUUCUCAGGUUUUGCUUUUAUCAGUUCAUUGUCUUUCUUUUUCUAAAUAUUUGAGUUUUUAUUUGUUUUUACAAGAAUUAAUGGUUUUCCCCCAUCUCAUUUGCAAUGCAUCAUCCACGUUUCCAAGUGUGGUGUCCAGUCACAUACUGUAAGGUAAUUUGGUAUUUUUAUACAUAUCCAUGUAUUAUAUUAUGUAAUUUGGAAGUCAUUACUAUAGGAAUCAUGUUGAAGAAAAGGUAAAAAAAAAAAAAAAUAAUCUGUAGCUUGUAAGUUGCUCUGAGACUUGAUCUUGAUUUUUUUUUUUUUUUUUUUUUUUCUUUCCUUUAACUUUUCAGUUUCCAUUUAACUUGUAAGGGCACAGGGUAUGUGAAAACAUCUUAGAGGUCCCUUUGAGGAAAUCUUUUGUACAAACCUUCAAUUAUUGUAGCAGCAAAUAUGACCCUCAACCCUCAACCAUCGAUCCCCAAGCACUCCCCAUGGUCUGAAUGUGUAUUUUCAUCUUUUUAUAUGAUCUUUACAUGUUUUAUUUAUUUUUUAGUCUUCCCUCAUCCUCUUCUCCCUCCAAUCCCCUUCCCAUGUAUACAUAAUGAUCUGCUGUGGUGAUAGAUGAUAACUUUCUGACAUAUAGGAAAGAUGAUGGAGUUAGAGUGAUUUUUACUGAGAUGUAUACCAGAUGUAACAUUAAAGUAUUUAAGACAUGUUUUA